CCUCUAUAAGAACAGUCUGUCCUUCAGUGACCGGUUUAACCGCUCAUUUCAAACCAGCACUGACUGACGAGCUCCUGUACAGCAAAUAAACCGGGCUACUAUGAGGAAGCCACUGGAGUGCUGAAGGACAUCUGGAUUCGCUUGAUUUCCUGCACAGCGACAGCAGCAUGUAUGGUAUGUGAUAUGUUUGCCGGGCACGCCCUGACACAGUCUACUUGCUGAGUGUACCGCCAUGGGUCAGCGAUUGCCAUGCGUCCGGAGGAAGCUGCGACCCGCCCGAGUGCUCACGCUCCUCCUCGGCCUCCUAGCAAUAAGCUCCGUUCCCUUCUCCCUCCGUGCCUUCUUCUCAUGGGGCUCGACCUCCCAGUGGGAGGAGUUGCAGGGACCCGCCCCUCACAGGACACUGCUUUCCACUCAGGUGGAUGGCAAUGGUAACCUCUCGGAAGACAUGCCCCAGGCCAUGCCAAGGUCGGCAUCGGCUGAGGCCAAUGAGAGCCAGGGAGAUUAUCCAGAGGACCUGUUUUCGCUGGAGCAGAGGCGCAGGGGUGCGGUGGUGCUGCACAUGAUUGGCAUGCUCUACAUGUUCAUCGCCCUGGCCAUCGUCUGUGACGAGUUCUUCGUCCCUGCUCUGACUGUCAUCACCGAAAAACUGGCCAUCUCCGAUGAUGUAGCCGGUGCCACCUUCAUGGCCGCCGGAGGUUCAGCCCCCGAACUCUUCACCUCUGUCAUUGGUGUGUUCAUCUCACACAGCAACGUGGGCAUUGGCACCAUCGUGGGGUCAGCCGUCUUCAACAUCCUCUUCGUGAUUGGGAUGUGCGCUGUCUUCUCAAAGGAGAUCCUGAACCUGACGUGGUGGCCCCUCUUCCGGGACGUGUCCUUCUACAUCCUAGGCCUGAUCAUGCUCAUCGUCUUUUUCCUGGACAACUACAUUAGCUACUGGGAGAGCAUCGCAUUGCUGACGGCUUAUGCUUGCUACGUGAUCUUCAUGAAGUACAAUGGUCAAGUGGAGAUGUUCAUCAAGGGUCUGAUAAACCGCAAUCAGGUUGUAGAGGUGGUGGAAGCCCCGCCUAAGGUUAGUCCAGUGGCAGUGGAUGAUGAGAGCAAAGUCUCGGCCAAGCCCCGACUGCAGCGAGGGGGCAGCUCGGCCUCCCUGCACAACAGCCUGAUGAGAAACAGCAUCUUCCAGCUAAUGAUCCACACACUAGAUCCGCUUAGCGAAGAAUUUGCUGAUUCUGAGCUGGGGACGUAUGGCAAGCUAAAAUAUUAUCACUCAAUGACCGAAGAAGGAAAGUUCCGUGAGAAGGCCUCAAUCCUGCACAAAAUUGCCAAAAAGAAGUGCCAAGUGGAAGAUGCCAAUGGAGUGGCUGAUAAGAAUCUUCCAAACAGCUCCAAUGUGGAGGUGGAAGUGACUCCGCCUCUGAAUGGCACGGCGGGGCAAGAGGGCGACACGGGUGAAGAAGAUGAAGAAGAUGAUCAGCCUCUCAGCUUGUCUUGGCCCGAGACGUGUCGCAAGCGCUUCACGUACCUCUUCAUCCUUCCUAUUGUCUUUCCCCUGUGGAUCACGCUUCCUGAUGUCAGGAAACCCACGUCCAAAAAGUUUUUCCCCAUCACGUUUUUGGGAGCAAUCUGCUGGAUCGCUGCAUUCUCCUAUUUGAUGGUGUGGUGGGCUCACCAGGUUGGUGAGACAAUCGGCAUCACAGAAGAGAUUAUGGGUCUGACAAUGCUGGCAGCUGGAACCUCCAUUCCGGACCUUAUCACCAGUGUCAUUGUGGCACGGAAAGGCCUCGGGGACAUGGCUGUGUCCAGUUCUGUAGGCUCCAACAUCUUUGACAUUACAGUGGGGUUACCGUUCCCAUGGCUCUUGUACUCUUUAAUAAACGGCUUGAAGCCCAUAGUGGUGAGCAGUAAUGGGCUCUUCUGUGCCAUUGUGCUGCUCUUCCUCAUGCUCCUCUUCGUCAUUAUCUCCAUUGCGGCCUGCAAGUGGAAGAUGAGCAAGCUGCUGGGCUUCAUCAUGUUCCUCCUGUACCUCGUCUUCCUGGUGGUCAGCGUUAUGCUGGAGGACAAAAUCAUCGUCUGCCCCGUUUCCAUCUGACCUUUACAAUCACACACACACAAACACACUCACACACACAUACUUGUUCACGGACAGUCAAUAAGCCUGUGAACCAUCCUCUUCAGAAGCCUCGUUCAUGUCUAUGUAAACCUUGCAUCGUUACCUGAUGACCACCCAUGCAUGGCGUUUUAAUCAGUAGGAGCGGAUGUUCUCGGGAGGAUUCUUCUUUAUGGAUGCUGGCUCUGCUGCAUUUAGUACUUGUUGGUUUUGGAAAGGUGGGAAUUCUUCAGUUGAAGUUAAGUUUGCCUCUAGUGUUGGGCAAUGUGUCAGAUUGUGAGUGGCUUAGCACACUAAUACUUUAGCCCGUGAGUGCAAAUCCUGGGUCAUGCUGCUUCAGCAUCAGCAGCCAGAGCCUGAGAGAACCAGGUCACAUUCAACCAUGCUCUCUCUGCACGGGUAGAUGGCGCUGUCUCCCUUUAUCACUCUGAAACACUGUUGUGAUGCUGGCCGUUACAGAGCAAUUUAACAGUCUGUUGGCUGAUGUAUGAGAGCUGGGGAUCUGGUGCUUUCCUCAAAGCAUACUGACUGCCUAGUGAUGCUGCUGUAUGAGGCGAUGUCUGUCUUCACAUCCACUUGCCCUCAGCCUUCUAAUGAUGUUGGUUAGUGAGUUGGGUGGGUUAAUUGGAUCUGCUAAAUUAGAGGGAAAAUAUUUAUUUAAAAAAUAUACAUGUAAAUAAAUAAAUUAAUCCUGAAAUAAAAUAAAAUCUGUCCGCUUAAUUAGAAUACAGUCAAUGCAACUUUUAUUAUUAAGUUCUUUUUACCAAAGUCAGUUUUGAAAUUAAUCAAAAUUGUGAAAGCCAAUAGAUGUUCAGUUAUUAAAUGAAUGUAGGAUGCUACUGUGCUCAACACAGUAGUUAAACUAAAAGUCCCAAUUAUGUAAAAAUAUACAUAAUCUAUAUCUUUUUUUCAUGAAUGAUCUUAUCGGAAUUAAGCAAUAUUGCUCAGUACUAGGGGCUUACUUUUAAUCCAGGAAAAAUGAUGGAGAAUUGGAAUGUGUGAGAUUUGCUAUGCACUGCAUUUGAUUCAUUGAAUCCGAUGCUUCUGGAAAAAAACUCAAACUUUUUUUGGGGGACUUUUCUUCGCACCUGUAUCAAAGUGGUCCCCCCUCAAACUUUCAGUGGUUGGAACAGCAGCAGCUGAAGACGACUCUUCUUCAUGUUCUCACUGAACACUUUGUGGUGUUGUGGCUCAACUUUUGUCUUUUGUGAAAACACACACACAAACACAUGGACUGCGAGUUCAACACUAUCAGGUGACAGGGAUCACCUCAGAUUCUGUAGAUGAAGAUUGGCUGAAGAAGGCUGCAUUUGGAAUCAGGAUGACAUUUUGGAUUUUGGAACAUGCGCAGGGUCGCACCAAUGUUAAUUUAUCUAAUUAUGUAUUUAUGUACUAUUUAUUUACUUAUUUAAAUUAUUUUUUUGAUUGUUUUUUCGCUUAUUUGCAAUUUUACAUGCUCCAGCAGUUGAUAUAGUAGGUAGGUAGAGAUAGGUAGGUAAACCGCAGUAUUGCCAAAAGCAUAAAAGAAGAAAAAAAAAACUCUGAACAAACUGUGAGUACUGACUGAGUACUCCCACCUCCCAUCCUUUAAAUCAUUCUUAUUCUUAUCAAACGUAUUGACUGUUCGUCAGUUAACCUAGAUUAGACUCUUCAGAUACUGAGAGAAAAAAACUCUUCUUAUAUAUGUAAGGGAAAACCAUUCUUAUCAUUCCCUUGGAUAAAAAAAAAAAACAAAAAAAAAAACAAAUAACAAAUAGCAGAAAAAGGCUUAAAUAGAUGCUCCUAGGCAUAGCUCAGUGUCAGACUAGCCUGUAGAUAUGUACUCUCUUGCAUUCCUCAGCAGAAGAUGCUAUGUGCAAUAAUAAUCUUCUUAAAUACUCUCGGAUCGUACUUGGAGCGCUCAGUGUAUUCCGAACGGUGGAUUUUGGCGAGUUCAAUAAAAACAUGUUAGAAGUAGGUUUUUUCCUUGUUUCAGAAAUGCAUAACAUUACAUUCAUGUACAUGUAUGUGGCCUAAUUGAUUGUGAGAUUGUGCAUAUUGCUUUAAUCUCAUGAUGAUAUACAUUAUAUAUUAAAUUAUUCAAAGCUGCUGCGGCCUGAUCUCACAGUAACAUCCACAUUGGUCAAUUUUAAAUGGACUCCUUUUCCAUUCACAUUGUUUAGAGCAAAUUUGACCUCUAGUUAAGGUAGAAAUUACAUACAGAUGAUAACCUUUAAGGCUGAUUUAUGCUGCUGAGUCAAACCAUAGCAGAGUUGACACCGUUGUAAAUUGGUGUGUCUGCAUUUCUCUGAAAACACAAACACAAAACACCACAAGUGAUGGCGGAUGAAACUGAUCCAGUGUUACUGAAACCAAGCAAAAUGUACUUUGUUUAUCUUUAUCUAAGCCUUUACACCCACUUUAAUCUAUACCUAAAUUAUUAACCCUUAAUCUGUACCUGAAUCUACAUCUAAACCCUGAUCCUUACCUACACCUUAAUCUACACCAAAGCCUAACCUUGAUGUACACCUUAAUCUACACUUUAAUACAGUUUACCCUACACAAAAAAACUAAUAAAUUAAUAAAAUAAACUAGACCUCAAUCUACACCUAACCCUUUUCCUAACUUAGCUUUUCUGUACAUCCUUAAGCUAUAACCAAACUUAAUCUUAACCUAAACUUAACCUACAGCCUAAUCUACAUACAAACAUAAUAAAAAUGUAAAGAACAGAAUUCUCUUUAACAGCAUUUAGCAGUUUUCCGAUUUCUUCUUUGAUAAUAUGAUGAUGGCCAGGCUGUUUGUGUGUUUCAUUCGCCAGCUCUAUUAGUAGGUGGUUAAAAAACACAGCUAGAGACAAACAAUUGAAACAAUUGACCAAUAUGGAUGUUUCUGUGUGAAAUCAUGUUGUAAAAGAAAUCUAUUUAUUUAUUUAUUUUGAGAGUCUCACAGUCUCCCAACCUUUUUUUUUUGGUUUGGACUGACCUGUGCGGACUGAGUGUAGUAAGUGAUACAGUCUGCAGUGGCACUGAUUGCCUUCGCACUGCUACAGACUUGUACAGAAUUCAAUGAUAUGGAUUCACUAAUCAAUGGUAUAGUCUUAGUGCUACUGACUCAGUCCACUCACAUUUCAGUACAGAGAUUAGUAUAGACUCCUCACUCACACACACACACACACACACACACACACACACACACACAGACACGGCUCCUGGGCUGGACAUGGAAAGGGACACUGAACUGCAAUGAUGAGAUUCACUAU